AGGAGGAAAAAGCCCUCAUAUUUAAAGAAAACAUUAUUCGCCUCGCGGUGUUUGUGCGUACGCGUUAUAACCCCACACUUUACCGCACAACGUCUGCAUUCAUUCGUUCGCUUAGGCAGUGCCGCCUUUCCUUCACCCCGCUCGUACGCCAGAAGCACCACACCGUCAUGUCCGUAGAACACACCACGGCUGCUACCGAAACGCAGGUGGCGCAGCUGGAGAAGCGCGCGACGGGAGCCGAGAAGCAGCUGCAGGCGCUGAAGGCGAAGCUGGACGGUGGUGCGGGUGCGGCCGCCAGCAACGCCGACCUCGAGACCCGCCUGCGUGAGCUGUUGCAGCUGAUGUACGAAGACCGCGAGGAGUGUGAGACGAUUCGCGCGCAGCGUGACGAGCUGAGAGAGGAAAACGAACGGCUGCGUGCGCAGGUGGCGAAGGGCGAGUACCGCGCGAAGCACCUUCUGCGCACUAUUGAGGAAAUCGAGAAGGGCACCUCACAGCAAUGA